AUGGAAGAUAUAAUGAAACUUAUCAACGAUUCUAACGUUUAUUCAAACCCAAAAAGUUCUUUUUCAUUACUGUUCCCAUUCCUCGGCAAAAGAAAACCAGUAGAGAGAUUUGCUAUCGAUAAUGAUAACGUUUAUAUAGAUUGCUUCAUUUAUGAAACUAUUGGAUAUGAAGAAUCAUUUAUUCUUGCAACAAUUACAUGCUUUCUUCUUCGAACCGGAAAGUGUGUAGUAUUUCUUCCCGAUUAUCGUGAAUUAGCUAAUAACCCAGAAAUUUCAUUAA